AUGGCGAUCAUAGGCGACGCGCUUCGCCAGGCGUUCAUGCCCAAGCGCGAGUAUGAGAGCCUCAGGGAAGAAGAGAAAGCGUGGGGCAAGCUUCAGAGACCCGUGACCAUGGCUUCCGUGGCUGCCAUCUGGCUGGCGAUAUUCGUAUCCACCGUUGUCAGUUUGAAAAUCGUGUUUCCUAGUAGUGAUGGGAGAAGAGCGUUCUGUGUCGAUCGAAGGCUUCAACCUAUACAGAUAGGGAUGAAAGGAGAUUCCGAUUCCGAUCUGUUCCCCGGCGCUUUCUAUCUCACGGACCAGGAGAUUGCUGAUUAUUACUGGAUGGUUGUGUUUAUUCCAUCGAUGAUCGUUUUCGCGCUCUCGGUUGUGUAUCUUGUUGCCGGCAUAGCUGUUGCAUAUUCUGCUCCAACAAGGCAUGGAUUCUUGAAGGUGGUUGAAAAUAAUUACUGUGCUUCAAGAAGGGGUGGUGUACGAUGUCUAUCCAUCUUAAACCUUAUAUUUGCUAUCAUCUUUGGUCUUCUUGCCUUGUUUCUUGGUUCAAGCCUCUUGACAAUGGUGAGCAACUGCUCUAAACCUCUGUUUUGGUGCUACGAAAUUACAUCGUGGGGACUGGUUUUACUAUAUGGGGGCACUGCCUUCUUCUUGAGGAGAAAGGCAGCCACAAUUCUUGAUGAGGGAAAUUUUAGUGGUCAAAAUCUAGGGCUGGAAAUGUUGGAAACGAACCCCCUGGAAGUUACCCCAGAGGUGGAAAGGCGUGUUAAUGAAGGGUUUAAAGCAUGGAUGGGUCCAUCCCUUCUUUCUUCUGACGAAGAAGACGAACUUGACAGCUAUGAUGAUUCUAUACGUACUAACUCAAACAGGCAAAGACACUGA